AUGCAGGACCGUGAUCGGACCUGGGUGUGUUUAAACACGACGAUGACCGGUCUCGAGAUUCAUUUUGAUGGCAAACAAAAUGCAAAAGUCGAGACUGUUUCUCGGUCAGGCUCCUUAUCGCCUUGCUUGAGUACGAUUCCUUCUGGUGGACGAGCAGACUGUGAUCCUGCUCUCAUGUCAUACUUUGAGCAUAUCAUAUGCAGCAGCUCCACCCUCGUCGACAAUGCCCAUUGCAACCCUUAUCGAUAUCUUAUUCUGCCUAUGGCAUUGAAGUCUGAGGGACUCUACCAUGCGGCCUUGGCCAUUGCAGCAAAUACCCUGAAACUCUCGGAUACGACAUAUCGGCUACCAGCUUUAGAGCAUCAUCAUCGUGCCCUGGCCCACCUGCGUGGUCUAUUGACCAAAAAUGAUUGGUGUGAGUCAGAAAUAUAUGAGAUGCUAGGGCUGGUCCUGAUGCUAUGCUGGUUUGAUAUAUCAGACAGCAGUCGUCCCUCUUGGGUCACACAUCUCACCGGUUUCCAAAAUCUGAUUCGCACUCGAAAAGAAUGUCCCGGUCCCUCAUAUCACAGCCAAGAGUUGACGAGUUUCCUCAAUCGCUACUUUGCGUUUCAUCUAGUCCUGGCCAGAACUGCCUUUCGAGUCACAUCUACAUCUCAAGCACCACCAAUUCUACCGAAUACCAUCCUGGAAGCAUCUGAUAUAAUUGAUCCAUACGUGGGUUUUAGCCCGGCUCUCCUUUUGAUGAUCGAUCAGGUGGCAGAACUAGCUUGGACACAAGAUGGCCCGGAUGAGAUCAGUCGCAAAGAAGAAGGCGAGCAUGGUGCGUACUGCGGUCUUGCCGUUAUGGCCUCUCUUCUUGGCGGGCUGCUGUGCUCGCGACGCGACGAGGAAGACAAGGUCAUUGUUCUACAAUUAUUUGAGGAACUCAACGCGAUUCGUCGUUUCGGAAACAUUGCCCCUGCAGUUGAAGUUAUCGAGAUGGUCUGGCGACAGCGUGAUCUAGCUGUACAAGACGAAAGAAAACGCCGGAGAUCCAAUCCGGAAAGAGAGAAAGAUCCUUUGCAGGGAUCUCGUUUUGUAUGGGAGCACGCUAUGGUCAUGUUGGGUGGAUGGAAGCUCAGCUUGACGUAG